CAGGUAAACGUCGCACCUGAUCCACAAAGCGGUGAGGACGAGAACAGCGGGUCUCUGGCCUUGCUUCCUACGAAAUUUCGGAAGCUGAUUUGGGUCAAGCGGGGAGACUUCGUGAUUGUCUCUGGCACGUCCCACGAUUUUCAGACGGCGGCCGGCGAGAAAGGGAAGGUGAAAUUCAUGGUCGAACACAUUUUGUACAAAGAGCAAGUGAAGCACCUAAAAGACCAAGGGAUGUGGCCGGUCGUUUUCUCGGAACCUGCAGAGCAAGGACCGGCUCACAAGGGUGAGGGAAGGAGUGAACUGGAGCACGGUGCAAAUCAGAGAGUAGAGCCGGAAGGGGGAGGACAGGAAAAGUGUCAAAAUGGUAACCCAACUAGGGAGAGAGUCGGUCGGGAGGGUGAUGGCAACGUAUCUGCAUUCCAGGUAGAGGACGGAGAUAGCACUGGAAGUCAGUACGAGAGCGAUGAGGAGGAUUACAGCGAUCUCCAUGUAAACACGAAUCGCCUGGCCAAGGCACAUUUGUACGUCGAUGAUGAUGAGGAGGAAGAAGAGGCGGAGGCGGAUAAAUUCGAUGAAGGGGUGGAGUAAGUUGCUAGAGUCAAGGAGGAACGCGUAAGUUUCCCUCCUCCCACAACAAUGUACAUAUUGGAACACGGCUAUAAAGUACUGUGCAGUGACAAGAGUACUGAAUGAAAUUGGAACUCUCAAUGGCGGA